GUGGAUCCACCUCCCAAACUGAUCAAGACUCGGGUGGUGGAGAAAGUUUCCACAGCUUUAGCAGCUGGCUGGGCUCCAAGAGUUGUUCCACAGACUCCUGCAAACCAUGGAUUGCCAACCAUGCAUUGCUCGAUCAUUCGUGGAAGUAGGCUCAAACUGGAUCCUGAAACCACUGGAUCCUCAAAUGGCAAUGGUGCUUGCAUUGGUCCUGGUGCAGUUCCUCCUCUGGGCUUCAGGACGCGGUGAGGACCUUCAGAACAGCGUGAGCUGUUCGGAGGCGGAGGAUGAGGGUCUCGAGAUGCGACAACUUCGCGUCGACCGGCGCCACACGACCCCGUUUGGUGACGAACUGGACGCUUCGGCGCGCUGUUGCCUUUGCAGCUCGGGUUUGGUGACCUGGUCCACGGAUGGAUGCCGAGCCUGUCAGGACGAGGUACAGAAGAUUGCCAGCGUCAGCCCAUUGUGCAAGACAGACAGUCCCAACUUCAAGGGGAGCUCAGCUUGUCAAAGCGAAUGCCACACCCUGCUGAUGGAGCCUGGAAUUUUUGCCCAAGAAGAGGCUGACGAGCACGACGAGGUGGUUGCAGAUGAAGGUGACGACGAAGUUCUGGAGAUGCCCCAUGAAUGGGGAUUCGGCGGUACAACCGAAAAUGCAAGAGCGGCAGCGUAGCUUGGUCGGCAAGCGGGGCCGCUGUUCUCCUUGCCGAGGCUAUGUUGAGAAGACAACCAGUGUGUCUGAAGAGUGCAAAAAGACAAGUCCGAAAUUCAUGGGCAACAAGUAUUGUGCCAAAGCGUGCCGAUCAAAUUUUCAAAGUAGCUGGUCUUGGGUUCAGGCGAACGCGAAGAUCUUCUGAAGAGGGGCGCUUGUUGAUGCGCAGAGAAACCCCGCUGGUGACUUGUCCAAGCUUCACCGUUCAGAAGCAACGGUGCAGUUGAUCUCUUUCAGACCAA